GUAUUAAUUUUUUAGUGUUUUUUAUUAUUUUUUAUUGGGUUGCUAGGAGACCAAGUUGGAAGAACGUAGCCUUCUAACUGGCAGCAAUUGGAUAAAAGCAAUUAUUCCUCUCUAUCUCUAAUUAGGAGUUUAUUUUUCUUUUCUUUUUGUUGUAUCAACCUAGAGGCGUGGAUGAUGGGUUGUGUUGUCAAAUUUCGAGGUCGGGGGGCCUGUAGUUUUGUUGUUUUGUGGGUCGCCGUGAUGCCAUCACUCUUUUAUAUAUAUAGAUGUUACUUUUUCCAAGGGAAAAUUUACUUCCUUUGGCCUUUUCUGAGGUAAAACUUGCCUUUUAGCCUUUUCUGAGUGAAAAGUUGUACAGUAGAGUCUCACUUAUCCAAGCCUCACUUAUCCAAGGUUCUGGAUUAGCCAAGGCAUUUUUGUAGUCAAUGUUUUCAAUAUAUUGUGAUAUUUUGGUGCUAAAUUCGUAAAUACAGCAAUUACAACGUAACAUUACUGCGUAUUGAACUACAGUAGAGUCUCACUAAUCCAAGCCUCUGGAUGAUCCAAGCCAUUUUUGUAGUCAAUGUUUUCAAUAUAUCAUGCUAAAUUCGUAAAUACAGUAAUUACAACAUACAGUAAUUACAACAACAUAAUGUAUAUAUAUAUUAUUGGUUUUUAUUAUUGUUCUUUGAUGUUUCAUAUUUUAUUUUAUCAUUGUUUUGUAUCUGAUUUUGCUGUAAGUCGCCUUGAGUCCCCUUUGGGGGAGAUGGAGGCGGGAUAUAAAUAAAAUUAUUAUUAUUAUUAUUAUUAUUAUUAUUAUUAUUAUUAUUAUUAUUAUUAUUAUUAUUAUUGUUACAACAUAACAUUAAUGUGUAUUGAACUACUUUUCCUGUCAAAUUUGUUGUCUAACAUGAUGUUUUGGUGCUUCAUUUGUAAAAUCGUAACCUAAUUUGAUGUUUAAUAGGCUUUUCCUUAAUCUCUCCUUAUUAUCCAACAUAUUUGCUUAUCUAAGCUUCUGCCGGCCCGUUUAGCUUGGAUAAGUGAGACUCUACUGUAUUUUCUGAGGCAAAAUUGCCUCCUUUGGCUUUUUUGCUUCUUUGAGCCUUUUCCGGGGGAAAAGUUAUUUCUUCCAAGGUAAAACUUGCCUCUUGGAGCCUUUUCUAAGGUAAAUGUUACUUUUCUGAGGUUAAAAAAUGCCUCCUUUGGUCUGCUCUGAGGGAAAGUUACUUCUUCUGAGGUCAAAAUUACCUCCUUUGGUGUUUUCUGAGGUAAACAUUAAUAGGAAUGUAUUGUCGAAGGCUCUUGUGGCCAGAAUCAGUGAGUUGCUGUGAGUCUUUUGGGUUGUAUGGCCUUGUUCCAGAAGCAUUCUCUCCUGACAUUUCGCCCACAUCUGUGGCAGGCAUCCUCAGGGGUUGUGAGGAACAUGGCCAGACAGCCCGAAAGACUCACAGCAAGCCAUUAAUAUGAAUGAAUAAGCCAGCUAGAGAUGCUAGAGAUAAUAGAUACAAGAUUGUAUCUCCCUCAGAGACGAUACAGAUGAUAGAUACAAGAUAGAUACAUAGACAAGAGAUUGACCUGAAAAUGGAAAUGAGAAAAACAGAUGAGAGAACAGAAGGGUGUUCAGCCGCUUCCUCCAUCUAUCAUGUCAAUCUCUCCCCGAUCCGUCUCCAUCUAUUGCCCUCCGAUCUAGAUGGAUCAGUCUUUCCCGAAUCCAUGGCUGUAUCUAUUUACUGACCAUCUCUGUCUGUCUGCCCCUCUCUCUCCAUCUAUCAAUCAAAGCAUCCCAAUGAGGAAAUGGACCGCGAUUAAUAUUUAAUUUCCCCUUGUUUACGGGAAAUUGCGGCGGAGAUGAAUUAGGGACUUAAAGCUCGCUUCCAGGGCUAAUGAUUGAGGAUUUCAAUGGUCCCAUUAGCCAAUUAGGAAUUAGGAGUAUAUAUUGAUCAAGUUGCUUUUUCUGAGGGAAAACCACCCUCCUUGGGCCAUUUUUGAGAGAAAAGAAGCCUUUUCUGAGGGGGAAAUGGCAUCCUUUGGCCUUUUCUGAGGGAAAAGAGUCUUUUUUUUCCCGAAGGAAACCCUGCCUCUUUUGGCCUUCCCAUUUGUCUGUCUUUUGGGUUUCGAUUCGAACCCGCUCCCCAUCCAUUUUCCAUGGCCAAAUUGUCUUCCAAAUUGUCCGUUCAGAGAGAGAGAAAGAAAGAAAGUACAGAAUGUGCCAAACGAAUGAAUGAAUGAAUGGAGGAAUAAAAUAAUGCAAACGAAUGAAGGACAGAAAGUUCCGGGUCAAAGAACAGAUUGUCCCAAACAGAGAGCGGAAAAAAGAAACAACUACAAGAGCAAAACCAGACACUUGGGUCCACUUUCUAUUACCUCCAGUUUCAUUUUAAUAUGAAAUUGGUUCUCUCUAGGCUAUUUUUAGGUCCUCCAGCCCAACUCUAUAGUAUUAUUGCUGAGGAAAUCUUUUGUCUGCAAUAGAGUUCACUACUAUUAUCCAUGAUUUUCAAUCCCAAAUAUGACCUCUCUAGGCAUAUCCGAGGUCCUUUAGCCCAAGUCUAUGGAAUUGUCCAGGAAGUCCUUCAUUUCAGGUUGUAUGUAUGUCUGUAUAUAUAUUUAUUGUUUCUCCUCCGUUCUUUUCAAAGGAUUUCGCGAAUUCGGAAUUCAUAGAAAACCUUGAUUUAUCCCUCUCUUCUUCCAAUUUGACCGAAGCGGCCUAUAUUCAAAUAGGGUGAACUCGACUGGCUGUCUGGUGACCAGCUGACCCCGCCCUCUUCCUGCCAAUCACAGAAGAAGGUGUGGCUGAAGAAGAGAAAGAAAGGAAGGAGGAGGGACCACAAUUGGGAAAUCAGUCCAUUGGACUACACUCAAUCCUAGAAGAAAAAGGGUGUGGCGAUUCUUCAAUCCCGGAGAAGGCAGGCAGGCAGGGGGCGUGGCCUGGCAGAGUGGGGGCGUGGCCUGGAGCGGUCCCCCGCCCCCUUGCAUCCCUUGAGCCGGGCCCUCGGUUGCCCUCCUCUGUGCCGCAUGCGUCCCGCGGGCCGGACCCCGCACCGUGGUCCCCCUGGGCGGGUGGGGGUGGCGAUGGGCGGGCGGCCAUGCUAGGGGCCGACUUUGCGCUGUACGUGGGUCUGGAGCUGGCCCUGGCGGGGCUGGCGGUGGCUGGGAACGUGCUGGUGGUGUGGGCUGUGGUGCGCAACCGGCAGCUGCAGAGCGUCACCCACCUCUUUGUGGCCUCGCUGGCCGUGGCGGAUGUGGCAGUGGGGGUCCUGGCCGUGCCCUUUGCCGUGGCCAUCAGCACCGGCUUCUGCGCUGCCUUCCGCGCCUGCCUCUUCAUCGCCUGUUUCGUCCUGGUCCUCACCCAGAGCUCCAUCUUCUCCCUUCUCGCCAUUGCCCUCGACCGCGCCAUCGCCAUCCGCAUGCCCCUCAGGUACAACGCGCUGGUGACGGGCUCCCGCGCCAAGGCCUUGAUCGCGGUCUGCUGGGCCUUGUCCUUUGCCAUCGGCCUGACGCCCCUGCUGGGCUGGCACCGGCAACCCCUCGGGCCCGGCAACGGGACUGAGGCCCACAACUGCAGCGGCGAGGCCGUGCCCUGCCUCUUUGAAGGCGUGGUCACCAUGGAGUACAUGGUCUACUACAACUUCUUUGCCUGCGUGCUGAUCCCGCUGCUGCUGAUGUUGGGCAUCUACCUGAAGAUCUUCCUGGCGGCCCGGCGGCAGCUGAAGCAGAUGGGGGCCAAGAUGGCACCCGGCGGGGAGCGCUCCUGCUCCACCCUCCAGAAGGAGGUCCACGCCGCCAAGUCGCUGGCCAUCAUCGUGGGCCUCUUUGCCGUCUGCUGGUUGCCGCUCCACGUCCUCAACUGCUACACCUUGUUCUGCCGCGGCUGCACCCGCGCCCCCCAGUGGCUCAUGUAUGUGGCCAUCCUCCUCUCCCACGCCAACUCCGUGGUCAACCCCCUCAUCUACGCCUACCGCAUCCGUGAGUUCCGCGUCACCUUCCGGAAGAUUCUGGGGCACCACGUGCUGUGCGGUAACGCCUGCCGCCGCCGCAAGAACAAGGCUGCCGCCGCCGCCUCCUCCUUUUCUCACAACAGGAAGAAUGGCGAAAGUGGGGUCCAUUUUGCAACCUCGGCGUGGGGCACGGAGGACGGCGAGGCCAACGGGGACCUUGAGCGGCACCACGGGCGUAGCAACGGGGCCCUGCGCAACGGCGAGGCCGCAGUCCAGGAGCUGCUCACGGGCCACGGUUCGGCAGCAGUGUUUCCUGACGGGACAUUAUGAUACAUCCAUGAUUGAGGACGAUAUUAUGUGACAGAUGGCAAUCUUGUGAUGGUGGAGGGUCAAAUCCUCAGAUCAUGGCCUCAGUGUGGGAUGACAUAUAUUCACUCGUUCCCGUCAAGCAGCCAUUUUGAGGGCGAUAUUACGCAACAGAUGGCGGUCUCAUUAGGAUGAUCAGACCGUCAAAAUGGUCAGAACUGGGGCCUUCAAUGGAAGGUCACUUGGAGGAAUUAUUUAGAGUUGCAUGACCCCGUCAGGCAGCCAUUUUGAGGACAAUAUUACAUAACAGACGGCGGUGCCCUUAAGAUAAUAAGAUCAUCAAGAGGGCUGAAACAGUGGCCUUCAAUGGACGGUUACUUUGAGGCAUGAUAUAUCUUUACUCAUGUCUGUCAGGUGGCCAUUUUGAGGGCGCUAUUACACCAAAUACAAUGGUCUCAUUAUGAUGGUCGACCGUCAAAAUGGUUGGAAGCAGGGCCUUCAAGGGAAGGUUAAUUUAAAGGGUGGUCGAUAUUCUGUCGGGCGAUAUUAUGUAACAGACGGCGGUCUUGUUCUUUUCUUUAUUUCAGGUAUUUUCAUCCCGCCUUUCUCUCAAUGGGCCCAAGGCAGCUCACAGCAACAUUAACAUACAAUAGAAUAUAAACCCAUUGAUUAAAAGAGCCCAUAAGUGUUCCAUGGAUAUUACCUUGGAGACAAUGAAAAUUAAAUUGAAUUAAAAAUAGUCUCAAAUUCCCAGAAGGUGUACCAUUCCAUUAAAAGUUAUUUCAAACAGGAAGGGCUUCAAGAUCUUGUCAAGACAGUGGAAGGUCCAUGAGGUAAUGUAUGUGUGUGUCACCAUCAGGCAGCCAUUUUUGGGACAGUAUCACGCCACGGACAACAAUCGUGCCAAGAUGUUUAGACAGUCCAAAAGAGUGGACGAAAUGGGGAUCAAAUGGACGCCAAUCACUGUACUACAAAUCCCGUCCAUUUUGAGAAUGAUGGGAAGUCAACUCACUCGUGUUCAUGGAAUGUGGUUGUUUUGUGUGUGUAUUUUGUACUCAAUAAAGUAGGAACACGUGCAUGUAA